AGAGCUGGCAUGCUGGUUCAUAUAUGGAGGUGUGUGACAAGGUCUGGGUGAGCCAGUUCUUUGAUGCAAAGAACAACUUCUCCCUGGGCAGCCUGAUUUCCACAUCCACUACUCCCUGGCCCGCCCUCAGCAGGGAUUAACAAACAGAGCAAAUGUAACCCUCCCUCUUUGGUGGUGGUUAGGAAACCCGGAAUUCAGAUGGUGGCUGAUAGUGGCUGACAGAAAACUGACUUCCAGAUUUCUUACUCUUCCUCCAGGGUCCUCAGCAAGUGCUACCUAGAGGCCCAGGUCUCUAACCUUCCUAUCUGACAGGAUGGCUUGCCUUCUUCCUGCUGCUCAGAGACUUCCUGCAGGGUUUCUCUUCUUAGUGCUUUGGGGCUCAGUUCUAGGUGACAAGCUGCUGGUUGUCCCCCAGGAUGGAAGCCACUGGCUUAGCAUGAAGGAGAUAGUGGAGCAUCUCAGUGAACGAGGACAUGACAUUGUGGUGCUAGUGCCGGAAGUCAAUUUGCUUUUGGGAGAAUCCAAAUACUACAGGAGGAAAAGCUUCCCAGUUCCCUACAACCUAGAAGAGCUGCAGACCCGUUUUCGCACCUUUGGAAAGAACCAGUUUGUUCCAGGUGCCCCCCUAAUGGGUCCUCUAAGAGAGUACAGGACCAGCAUGCUUACCUUGGACAUGUGCUUUUCCAACUGCCAGAGCCUUGUGAAGGACUCUGCCACCCUCAGCUUCCUCAGGGAGAACCAGUUUGAUGCUCUGUUCACAGACCCAGCCAUGCCUUGUGGUGUUAUCCUGGCUGAAUAUCUGCACCUGCCCUCUGUCUAUCUCUUCAGAGGUUUCCCAUGCUCUUUGGAACACAUGCUUGGUCAAAGCCCAAGCCCUGUGUCCUAUGUUCCCAGAUUCUACACCAAAUUCUCAGACCACAUGACUUUUCCACAACGGCUGGCCAACUUCAUUGUUAACAUCUUGGAAAACUACCUAUAUUAUUGUCUGUAUUCAAAGUAUGAAAUUAUUGCCUCAGACCUCCUCAAGAGAGAUNUGUCCCUACCUGCCUUACACCAGAAUUCUCUGUGGCUGUUACGGUAUGAUUUUGUGUUCGAAUAUCCCAGGCCAGUCAUGCCCAACAUGAUCUUCAUUGGAGGGAUCAACUGCAAGAAGAAGGGAAAGCUGACUGAGGAAUUUGAAGCCUAUGUCAANGCCUCUGGGGAACACGGCAUCGUGGUUUUCUCUUUGGGAUCCAUGGUCUCAGAGAUUCCGGAGAAGAAAGCCAUGGAAAUUGCUGAGGCUUUGGGCAGAAUUCCUCAGACGGUCCUGUGGCGCUACACCGGAACUAGACCAUCGAAUCUUGCAAAGAACACAAUUCUUGUCAAAUGGCUACCCCAAAAUGAUCUGCUUGGUCAUCCAAAGGCUCGGGCAUUCAUCACACACUCCGGUUCCCAUGGUAUUUAUGAAGGAAUAUGCAAUGGAGUUCCGAUGGUGAUGAUGCCCUUAUUUGGUGACCAGACGGACAAUGCCAAGCGCAUGGAAACAAGGGGAGCUGGGGUGACCCUGAAUGUCCUUGAAAUGACUGCUGAUGAUUUGGAAAAUGCCCUUAAAGAUGUCAUCAAUAACAAGAGCUACAAGGAGAACAUCAUGCACCUCUCCAGCCUUCACAAGGACCGUCCUAUAGAGCCUCUGGACNUGGCUGUGUUCUGGGUGGAGUAUGUGAUGAGGCACAAGGGGGCACCACACCUGCGUCCAGCUGCCCAUGACCUCACCUGGUAUCAGUACCACUCCUUGGAUGUGAUUGGCUUCCUCCUGGCCAUUGUGUUGACAGUGGUCUUCAUUGUCUUUAAAUGUUGUGCCUAUGGCUGCCGGAAAUGCUUUGGGGGAAAGGGUCGAGUGAAGAAAUCACACAAAUCCAAGGCCCAUUGAGAAGUGGGGGAAGUGAAAAAGAAGUAUUAGUCCAUUAUCNGAUCAGUUGAAACUUGGAAACAAGUGUUUAAAUCCAUGUUGUUUUUAUUAGAGAAAUAAUUCACUAUACAUUAUACACUCAGUAACAUUUAAAAAAAAAAAACAAUCUAAUUGCUGGCCACANCCAUCAGGGAAGGUUCUAGAAUGUGUGAUCUGCUUCUCCAGUAUCUUCAGCCUGGACAACUCUUGCCAUCUGUUGGUAACUUACAGAAAGUUUGGCACUCUGCCUUCAAUGACAGCCCCAAAGUUUCCCCUGCUCCUGCCAGCUGAUGGCUUCCUCCCCUGGAUUCUCAGAGUGUUGUGGUUUUCUCCAGUGUUAGUCAUUCCUCAUUGUGUUCAAGCAUUGAGUGUGGCUCGGCCUUUGUAACUUUGGGAGAAAAGAUGAGGCUGUGACACUNAUGGCCCUGGGUUUGAGAUAAUAAUCGUUGCUUGGGCCUGAAUUUGAUGAAAACCAAAGUAUGUUCUAAGGCAAGUACAUCUUCUGUUGUGUUCCCAAACCAAGAACUUAUCAAUAAAUUCAUAUAAAUUGUA